UUCUCCGCUGAAAGGUCCCCGGAUGUCAGCAUUGACAAGAUGGAGACGUCGAUUGCGAUUGACCCGGAUCACCUCUCGCGGCCUCUGUAUCUUCAAGUUGACCGUCGAGAACCCAGGCAUGUCGGAAGCCGAAAUGGCCCGGAAACUGCGUACCCUAUGUACCCAGGGUCAUUUUCGAGACGCUCUAUCGCUAUUCUACUCCCUGAACACACCGCAUUCUCAAGUCUACGCUAUCCUUUUCCAUGCCUGCUCGCGACUCGGCUAUCUUGACGAGGGCCGACGCCUCCAUCAGCACAUGCUUGAUCAUAACCAUGAAGCCGGUCUUUACGUUUCCAAUCAUCUCAUUAACAUGUACGCGAAGUGUGGUUGUCUAGACUUGGCCCGUAAAUUGUUUGACAAAAUGCCUGAGAGAAAUAUUGUUUCUUGGACUGCUCUUAUUACUGGGUAUGACCAACAUGGCCGACCUGACGAUUGCUUCUGUCUCUUCUCGUCCCUGAUCGCCCAUCAUCGCCCCACUGAAUUCGCCUAUGCAAGUGUCCUUAGCUCCUGCAAUCGCAUUCGAGGCCAACAGGUACAUGCUCUCGCAUUGAAAACAUCUUUUGAUGCUUAUGUUUAUGUAGCAAAUGCUCUCAUUACAAUGUACUCCAGGAGCGGCUGCUGCGAUCAGAAUUAUGAUGGUAAUGAUGCUUGGUUCAUCUUCCAAGCCAUGUCCUUUCGUAAUCUCAUUAGUUGGAAUUCGAUGAUCGCAGGGUUCCACCUCUGUGGUCGUGGGACUAAAUCUCUCGAACUCUUCUCUCGGAUGCACUUUGAGGGCAUCGGAUUUGAUCGUGCAACGCUUGUCACUGUCCUGGCAUCCAUGUGUUCCUGUUAUGAUGCUGACUUUGAUCUUCUUAUGCAUUGUUAUCGACUCCAUUGUCUUGCUACCAAGACGGGGUUUGCCUUGAAGGUUGAGGUUGCUACUGCACUAGUUAAGGCCUAUUCCAUGCUUGGAGGGGAUGCCACUGAUUGUCGCAAGCUUUUCUUGGAGAUACGUGGCCAUCGAGACGUCGUAUCUUGGACUGGGAUUAUAACAACAUGUGCAGAGAAGGACCCAGAAGAAGCAUUCCUCCUUUUCUGCCAGAUGCGCUGGGAAGGUGUGGAUCCAGACCGUUAUACCUUUUCAAUUGUCAUCAAAACAUGUGCAAGCCUCGCAACUGGGCGCCAUGGCUCAUCUAUCCACGCACAGAUCAUUAAAGCCGGGUUUCAGGAUGACACAGUGCUUGCCAAUGCCUUAAUCCAUGCCUAUGCAAGGUGUGGCUCUAUAAGCCAUUCAGAGAAAGUUUUCAAUUCCAUCAUGGAUCGUGACACGGUGUCAUGGAACUCAAUGUUCAAGGCUUAUGCCCUGCAUGGACAAGCCAGUGAAGCAUUAGAUCUCUUUGCAAAAAUGAACGUCCAACCGGAUGCAACCACUUUUGUUGCCCUCCUAUCAGCCUGUAGCCAUGCUGGACUUGUAGACCAGGGAACUAAAAUUUUUAAAACAAUGUCUGAAUGUUAUGGAAUAGCCCCUCAAUGUGAUCAUUACGCCUGUAUGGUUGACAUUCUUGGGAGAGCUGGCCGCCUUAUUGAGGCUGAAGAUUUAAUUAACAGAAUGCCUAUGGAGCCUGAUUCUGUGGUGUGGAGUGCACUGCUUGGUGCAUGUAGGAAACACAAUGAACCAAAGUUGGCUGAGCUGGCAGCAGCGAAGUUGAUGAAUUUGGAACCUAAAAAUUCAUUAGGUUAUGUAUUGAUGUCAAACAUAUAUUCUUCAGAGGGUAGUUUUGAUGAUGCAGCACUUAUUAGGAAACAAAUGAGAGGAUUUAGGGUGAGGAAAAAUCCUGGCUUGAGCUGGAUAGAGAUUGGUAAUCAAGUGCAUGAAUUUGCAGCUGGAGGUCAAUUCCACCCACAAAGAGAUGCCAUAUAUGCUGAGCUUGAAGUACUGAUUGGCCAGUUAAAGGAGAUUGGUUAUGUGCCUGAGAUAAACCUAGCAUUGCAUGAUACAGAAGAGGAGCACAAAGAGGAGCAGUUGUAUUAUCACAGUGAGAAGCUAGCUUUGGCAUUUGCAUUGAUGAAUGCAGGUAAUCCUUGUUUUGGUGGGGGAAUUAUAAGGAUUAUGAAGAAUAUACGGAUUUGUGUUGAUUGCCAUAACUUUAUGAAAUUGGCAUCAAAAUAUGUUCAAAAAGAGAUACUGGUGAGAGAUGCAAACCGUUUCCACCAUUUUAGAGAUGGUUUGUGUUCUUGUAUCGACUAUUGGUGACCAAUUGAUAUCAACAAAAAGACUCAUAAAAAAACAAUUGAUAUCAAGAGAAAAUAGCAGGAACCAAGAGUACAUUGGCCUAGUUCUUCACGGCAUAUCUAGAGGUUUUGCCAGAUUUGUCAGGUUCACUAGAGGAGGUUAUGUUUGUAAGGAUAUAACUUUCAAGUUUUAUGAGACUCAUGUUCCAUGGCAGAAGUGAGGUGGAACAGACUACCAAGUGGUUGAAGAUUUCAUGAUAUGUUGUCUAGACAUUCAACAUGCAAUACAAUCUCCUUCAACAAGGUUGGAUCACCGUGGGCUGUUAUGAUGAUUCUGAGUGAAAAUUUGAGGCAUGUAAUUGUGGUUAGUUCCUCCAGUCUUCAAAUGGACUAUUCUGUUGGGCACCAAUACCCAAUGUUCUGUUGCACUUAACACCAUUACCCUGGUCAGUCUGUAAUACCAUAAUGGUGCAAGCAACCUUAUGUGGACAAAGGAUAAGGAGCAUUUAGAGCAGAUCUCUAUUUGUGGUUGGGAUUUAUUUGUGUUAUAAACCAUUUAUGCAUGCUCCUUUUCAUA